GGGGCCGGGGGGCAGGGGCCGGGGGAGGGGGGCUUCCAGACAGGAUGGGCCCAGCGAUGCCUUGAUGGAGUAUGGGCCAGGUUUUAGGAUUCUCCCACUGCCAGGAAAAUGGCUCUGUGGCGUCCACUCCAGACUCAACACCUCCAUGCACCGAUGGUGGAAAUGAUGAGUCUGAGCUGUGCGAGCUGCAAACAGCCAGGGAGUGGUCUGAUGAGGAGGAGGAGGAGGAGGAGGAGGAGGAGGAGGGAGAAGGACAUCCAGAUGAUGACGAGGGUCUUCUUUCAUCGCCUUCCAUCUGGGGCACGCCGCGCCAGAACUCUUUCGAGCUGACUUUCUCGUACAUCGCCAUCGCCGAGCCCGACGCAGUGGGAUCCUCGCGGCACCUCCGGGACAGACGCAGGGGCAGCUCCAGGGGAAGUCGCACUCCUUUAAUCCACACGGACACCCUGGAAACACUAUUAGACUCCCCCGAUGUAGACUGGGACCCUCAAAUCUUCCUCAGUCGAGAGGAAGGAUUAGAGAGGAGAGCGCAGGAGAGGAUGGAGGUGGAGACUUCGACUGCAGCUGAGAGGAUGGAGCAGCAAAGACAAACUGAGGCUAUUACAAUCCAACCUUUGUCCCAUAAUAUGGAGCCAGGUACUCAGGGGAGAGACGCAGGAAUCCAAAGACAGGAGCAUCUGAGAAGUCCGACCCAGAUUUCCCAACUUCCCUCUGCGGCUCUAUCUUCCCAACAUCAGAGCCCCUCAGAGAUACUGCAGGCUGAGAAACAGGAAGAAGCCUCUGCGACCCCCGAGCCUGAGUCUCCCAUCACCAGGGAAACCAUUUCAGUCAAGCUGCUAACAUCUGUGCGACCCAGAGGCCCGGCACCCCUGUCACCAGCUGUCAUUGGUCAAAACUCUCAGGGACAGCUGGUCAGCGAUCACUGGUUUUCAGCACUGGACCUAUCAAAGGACCCGACAGUAUGCGCCCAUAUGGCAGCGAUGGACCUGAUCUACUGGAAGGACACGGAGCGAACAGGCAUGAUCCUAACUGGGUUAGUGGUUGGCCUGCUGUCCCUGUUCCAGCUCAGCAUCAUCACGGUGAUCUCCACAAUCUCCCUGGCUGUCAUCUGCUUCACCAUCUCAGUGCGCAUCUACUAUCAAGUCCUCUACAUCCUCAACUGGGGCGACGGAGAACAUCCCUUCAAGUCAUACUUGGACCUGGACAUAAGUUUCAGUGGAGAGGAGGCUGACCUCUAUGUGCAGAAAGCCAUCAUCAUGACUCUGUCAGCUGUUGACUCUCUGAAGGGACUCUUUUUUGUUAGAAACCUCUUAGAGUCCAUCAAGCUCCUGGUUCUGAUGUACCUUGUAACGUUUCUGGGAGACCUGUGCAAUGGCCUUACUCUGUUCAUCAUCAGUGUGAUCGCACUUUUUUCUCUGCCACUUUUCUACAGACAACGCCAAGAACAGCUGGACAGCUUCAUUGCAAAAAUCCAGGCACACAUUGACAACGUCAAGGACACAUUUCACAGACUUGCCCAGGGUGGUGGCCCUCCUCACGACUCAACUCCUGGUGGCGCCAAACCGAAAACCCAGUAAACACUGAUGAGCAAGGACUUGAACAAAAGCUCGCAGAGUUGCAGGUUGCCACUCAGACGUCUUACCAAGCAGUCUGUGCUCAGAGAUCCAGAAACUAGAGAAGGGAAGGAGAUGCUACUUAACCUGAGGAUGAUGAAGAUCACACACGUAUACUGUCACUGUAUUUAAGUUAUGGGGAUUGGGGUUUGGGUCAUAAAUUAACCAAGGUGUAUGACUCAUCGAUGAGACACUUGCUGCUUACGUCAGAAAUGGGAAAAUUAAAUGACACAGCUUGUCUUAUGUGACCAUCCCUGGAAAUAUUCACUGUCUAUAAUAUGUACUCAAAAAGUGUCUUAGACGGUUGAGAGUUGUGGUUUAAAUGAGGUACUAAGACUCUGAAUGGGAAGUUGUUAUGGUGAUAAACAGGGGUCAUCAUUAUUCAAGGCAGCAUAAAACUAGCAAUGAUGCGUGUGUAAGACCAUACAUUCAUAUUAAUUUCCAUGACUGUGUGUGUGUGUGAGUGUGUGUGCGUGCGUGUGUGUGUGCGUGUGUGUGUGCGUGCACAUGAUUCCUUACAUAUACAGCUUACUGAAAUGAUAAUGUUAACUACAAGCAAUUAAAUUCACAUUUCUCACAUUUUCCUAUAUUGUUUUUUGUCACCUCUCACUGGCACAGGCGUUCACUUUCAUUUGCAUUCAUGCUUUUCCCCUGGUCAUGUUUUCUUACACCACUAGGAAGUUGUAACAAAAGAGUCGGAGGGAGAAAGAGAUUGAUUCAAUAGUUAAGUUGUAUUAUGGAUGGAAGAGGAAGUUGCCCAAUGACAAAGCCCCAGAAGGUUCUGUGGGUUUUUUUUAGGAUCGAAUGGAUUGAUGUAAAAAGCGUUCAGAUUUCAGACGGAUAUCCGCUCUGAGCUCUUAAUGUGCUUCUGUUCAGCCUCGUGAAGGAAUGUGGGAGUGGAAUGUACAGCAGGUGCCUUUCUAACUGCAGGUCAUUGUGCAUGAUCGGAUUCACAGAUUCACAGAACUGAUAACAACAUUUUGCAGAGAACUCUCCCAAAACAAACCACUUCUCAUCACCAGAUCAUUGCCAUCCUUAGAAUGAUGUUUUAUACGUGUACAAUACUUGUGUGAUGUGCACCACGACACGGUAUCUUACAACAAAUUGUGAGUAGAUCCAUUCUAGGAGUAAUAAAAUCAGGAUUCUCAGCUCCACAA